AUGUUGAUACACUUGCACUUCUCAGACCAAAAGAUAAGCGCCCUAUCGCAACGAGCCACAGAGGCUGUAGAUGGGCUUGACCUCCCUUGGAGGUUCGCGCCAAGGGGAGACUAUGAUCCUGAUUAUAAUCCAACUGGAUUGGUUUCGUUCGGUACAGCUGAAAAUGCCUUGGUGACGGAUCAACUCAAGGAGUUCACAGACAAGAGUAUCACCAUUUCAAACGAGGACUUCUUAUACCGUGGUAGUCAUGCAGGUGGUUCUCGCCUCCCCAAAGCUCUAGCUGCCCACCUCAACGAGUACUUAACUCCUAGCAGCCCCAUCACCCCAGAUAUGGUCCGGUGUGUCGGUGCCGCUACUGCAAUGCAUGACAUCCUUGCAUGGGGAGUUGCGGACCCUGGUGACGGUGUGUUGACCAGUAGACCCGUGUAUGGCCGCUUCGAACUUGAUUUCGGUAACAAAUCUCAAGCAAGAGUUGUAUACUCCAACAAUAAGACCGAGGAGGCAUUCCAGGAUGAUAUCGUCGACCAUUUCGAGGAGGCCUUGGUGAGGUCCAGAAAGGCCGGCAUACAUGUCAAGAUGGUGCUAAUUGUCAACCCUCAUAACCCACUUGGACGGUGUUAUCCCAAGUCCACCCUGAUCAACAUCAUGCAGUUCUGUCAAAAGCAUAGACUGCAUCUCCUGAGUGAUGAGAUCUACGCCUGUUCGGUUUUCAAUAGUGAUGAGCCUGCAACUCCCUUUACCUCUAUUCUGUCAAUAGAUUCCACAAGCCUCAUUGACCCGAGCCUUCUCCACGUCACCUACGGACUCAGUAAGGAUUUUGGCGCCGCUGGCCUUCGUCUUGGUGCCAUUAUCACUCGAAGCCAACCGGUCCUCCGAGCGAUUGAGGCAGCCAUGCGGUUUCACAACCCCUCCGGCGCGAGUCUGGCCAUCGGAAGCGCCAUGCUUGAGGACAGAGUGUGGUGCCGAUCUUUUAUUGAUUCCUCAAGAUCAAAGCUCUUACAAGCCCAUCGACAUGUCACAUCGCAGCUCAAGGCUAUGGACAUCAACUACCUGCCUGGAAGUAAUGCAGGCUUCUUCGUCUGGGUUGACCUAUCUCCAUACCUGCCAUCUGAACUAGAUGGUGAGCUGAAUCAGGAAUUUGCUCUCGCUAAAAGGCUACGCGAGGCUGGCGUUUUCCUGCAUCCUCGAGAAGAGCACUCGCUUGAACCAGGAUGGUAUCGGUUAGUAUACACGCAAGACCCGAGAACCGUGACUGAAGGGCUACAGAGGAUCAAAAUGGCAAUAUCGUAG